GAUCGGUUUCGGCAGUUCGGCGGUCGACACCCUCGCAAGUCGCAACGCAUCGAUCGAUCCCAAUCCGGUCGGCAAGUACAUUAACCGGCCAAAGCUAGCUGACGAGACUCCCAGUCCCGUCUGAGACGCUUCCAAGUUCCAAGCGCUAACGCGCGUCAAUCUCUCAGACAGCCGGCUCACGACGCCCUGGCCAGCUCUGGUCGCCAUGAGUCGCAGCAGGUUCUUUGCUUGGACGCUCGCGGUCGCCGUCGCCGUCCUCCUGUGGUCUUAUUGCGCCGCCAGAGCAGUCUGCUCCUCCUCCUCGCGUCCUCUCGCUGCUGCGGACGAUGGGGGCGGCGCGAGGGACGACGAGCCAGAGCCAUGCGCCGCGGGCGGUGCCGCCUCCCGUGGCCAGAGGGAGAUCUGGAACAGCAGGCGGUCUUUGGGUGGCAGGUCGUGGUGGUCCCCGCCGUCGCCGCUGUGGAACUCGCCCAGGACGAUGCCCGUGCCCCCGCCGCCGCAGGUGUGAUGUCGAGCUGCCGAGCUGGCCGGCUGGACUCUGCUGCUGCGACCUGCGACUGCGAGGAGUUUCCCGUCGAGUGUGUUGUUGUGCCUGAAUGCCUGGCCUCUUCUUUCUGGAGAGGUAUGCCGUAUGCAUGCUUCAGGAUUGCAUACGUACGCUGCUUCAGCUGUCCGUCUACGAACGUACUACCGACGUGUGUGAUCGAAGUAUUUGUGUGCCUCGAAGAUUUGUUCGACGAUCCUCAUUGAUUCCAAUAGGUCAAGAGCUUUAUACGACAUCUCUUGGAGGAAAUAGAUUUUGUAUGGUUAUUAGAUACAUAUUAUUCUAA